AUGCUCGCUGCUACUGCCCGCGGCGACAACACGCCUGCCGCGCUCCCGGUUCCACGCCGUCGCCUCCCGGAACCAGUUGCGCACGACCUUCUGGCCCUCGUCGUCCGUGCACACCGACUCCGGGUGGUACUGCAGGCCCCAGUACGGCCGCCGCGCGUGCCUGACCGCCAUCAGGAUCCGCUCCGCCGCAGCAGCAUCCUUCUCACAUCCACCGCCGCCGUCCCUCUCCUCCUCGACCCACGCCAGCGGCACCAGGGCCGGACACCCCGGCAGAGGCGCCCACCUGCGCGCUUUCCAGUCGGCCUGCGAGAGCCCGUCCUGGCCCACGUCCGCGCACAGGCUGUGGUACAGCGUCGCCUUGAAGUCGCCCACCCCGGCAAAGAUGUCGCCAUCCCCAUUCCCAUUCCCGUUCCCGGCGCCCGCAGCAGUCCCGUCCGUCACCGCCACCCCGCAGUGGUCCACCCUCCGGACCAUGCCGUGCAGGCCCCGGCGCAGCCUCCGUAUCGCCCCGCCGCACGACGCAACGAGGCUCUGGAACCCCAGGCAGAUGCCCAGCACGGGCAGCACGUCCGCCUCGGCCAGGUCCCAGACGCGCCGCAUCAGCCCGACAUCCUCGUCGUUGUCCGGCGAGCCCGGCCCCGGGCCGCAGACGACGGCAUCGUAGUGGCCCAGUUCCCGGCGCAGGUCCUCGGCGAAGGUGGGCGACGCCGGGUUCAGCAGCGGGCUGUCGAUGGGCAGGACGAACACGUCCACGCCGUCCCCCAGCUCCGUCGCCAGCAGCGACGUGAUGUUGUUGGAGAAGGAGUCGUAGGCGUCGAGGAAGAGGAUCCGCCGCCUCGGCACCAUGGUCACUUUUCUGGACCCAACUGCCGACCCGAUGUACCGGCAGUUUUACCCUCGAUGCACGACAGGGAGCAGAGCCAAUCCCAUAACACCGAUUCUCGUCUGGGCGAGAGAAAGAGGAACAAAAGCCCCCCUUAG